AUGGCCGCCGCCGGGAAAGAACGAAAGAAAGUUGCGGUACUCCUUGAGAAAGAAGCGGAGAUACAGAAGCUAUGGGAAGAAAAUCAUGCGUUUGAGAAGGAUGCCGACGACAAAGAUUCGCCAAAGUAUUUAACAACCUUUCCAUAUCCGUAUAUGAAUGGACGCCUUCAUCUUGGCCAUACAUUCACUGUUUCCAAAUGCGAGUUUGCUGUGGGAUAUCAGCGAUUAAUUGGGAAGAGAUGCUUAUUUCCUUUUGGAUUCCAUUGCACAGGAAUGCCUAUCAAAGCUUGUGCUGAUAAGCUGAAGCGUGAGAUGCAAGACUUUGGAUACCCUCCACAAUUUCCGCUUGACGAGGAAGAAGCUCCAAUAGAACAAACAUCCUCCCUCGAUGAAAUUACCAAGGAUAAGAGCAAAGGAAAGAAGAGUAAACUUGUGGCGAAGACUGGCUCAUCCAAGUACCAAUGGCAGAUAAUGCAAUCUUUGGGUUUGGCUGACGAAGAGAUCAAGAAAUUCGCAGACACUGACUACUGGCUAGACUACUUCCCUCCAUAUUGUAUUUCGGACCUGAAGCGAAUGGGUCUUAAAGUUGACUGGCGACGUUCUUUCAUAACAACAGACGUGAAUCCAUACUAUGAUUCCUUCGUUCAAUGGCAGUUUCGUAAAUUGCGUGCUGCGAAUAAAAUCGACUUCGGCAAAAGAUACACCAUAUAUUCUCCGAAGGAUGGACAGCCGUGCAUGGAUCACGACCGCUCUAGUGGUGAAGGUGUGGGUCCACAAGAGUACACCCUAGUCCAGCUUAAGAUCUUGGAACCUAAACCAGCUGUGAUCGCUCAUAUAACACUGCCAGUAUAUUUGGUUGCCGCUACUUUAAGACCAGAAACCAUGUACGGGCAGACUAAUUGUUAUCUUCACCCAGAUAUCCAGUACUCUGUUUUUUAUGCUGGCGAACACGAAGACAUGGUAUUUGUGGCAACUGCUCGAUCAGCAAGAAAUAUGUCUUAUCAAGGGCUUACGGCUGAAAAUGGUGUGGUGCGAUACGUUGACGGGCUAGAGAAGGUCCCGGGAAGUAAGCUGCUUGGUGCUGCACUUUCGGCUCCUCUUACAUCCUAUUCAAAAAUCUACGCUCUUCCCAUGCUGACAAUCAAGGAUGACAAGGGCACCGGAGUAGUGACAUCGGUGCCGUCGGACUCUCCAGAUGAUUUUGCGGCCUUGUCGGACCUGAAAAAGAAAAAACCACUGCGUGAGAAGUACGGGAUAACGGAUGAGAUGGUGCUCCCCUUCGACCCUGUACCAAUCAUCGAAAUUGAAGGACUCGGUAAUCUUGCAGCUGUUGAAAUGUGCCAUCGUCUGAAGAUCGAGUCUCAGAAUGAGAAAGAUAAAUUAGAGGAAGCGAAAAAGGAAGUGUAUCUCAAGGGAUUCUAUGAUGGCGUAAUGUUAGUUGGAAAGUAUGCUUCCCAAAAGACGGCAGAUGUGAAGAAGCUGAUCCAAACAGAUCUGAUCGCGGAAGGACUUGCAAAAAAAUAUGUGGAACCUGAGAAGAAAGUGAUCAGUCGAAGUGGAGAUGAAUGUGUGGUGGCUCUUUGUGACCAAUGGUAUCUCAAUUACGGAGAUCCACAAUGGAAAUCCGAAACGAGAAAGGCACUCGCACAGCUGAACACAUACAGUGAUGAGGUUCGCCGCAAUUUUGAGGCAACUAUUGAUUGGCUACACGAACAUGCCUGUUCAAGGAGCUAUGGCCUCGGAACAAAACUUCCAUGGGAUCCCCAGUAUCUAAUAGAGUCUCUAUCUGAUUCUACUAUUUAUAAUGCCUACUAUACCGUUGCUCAUCUCCUACAACAAGGAUCGCUUGAAGGUAGCGUCGUGGGACCAGCAGGAAUAAGACCCGACCAAAUGACUGACGCAGUAUGGGAUUACAUCUUCUUAGGAUACGUCUACGAUUCUGCGACAAUGCCCGUGCCCGAAGAGAAACUUGCUGCCCUCCGUAAAGAGUUCAUGUAUUGGUAUCCCAUUGAUAUGCGGGUCUCUGGAAAAGAUCUUGUGCAAAACCAUCUCACUUACCUGUUGUAUAAUCAUGUUGCGAUAUGGCCUGAUCAACCAGAACUUUGGCCAAAAAGUAUCAGAGCAAAUGGCCAUCUUUUACUGAAUAAUGAGAAGAUGUCGAAGAACACUGGUAAUUUUAUGACACUUGUCGAAGGUAUAGAGACAUUCUCUGCAGAUGGAAUGCGCCUCUCACUUGCCGACGCCGGAGAUGCCGUAGAAGAUGCUAACUUUGUGUUCAGUAUGGCUGACGCUGCCAUUCUUCGACUGUACAAUUUGAUCGAAUGGGUGAAGGAAAUGGUUGCGCUACGGGAACAGAAUGGUCUACGUAAAGAUGACUGCAGGAGUUUCGCUGAUAGGGUGUUUGCCAAUGAAAUGAACAAAAAUAUACGAAUAUGUGCACAACAGUACGAGGCGACUCUAUUCAAGGAAGCUCUGAAAUAUGGAUUCUUCGAAUAUCAAGCUUUACGUGACAUGUAUCGUGAGCUAUGUGGAGGACAAGAUGCAGCAAUGAAUGAAGCGUUGGUUUUCCGUUUUAUCGAAACUCAAGCUCUGAUACUUUCACCCAUAUGCCCGCAUAUUGGAGAGCACAUUUGGCAGAUUUUGAAAAAGGAUGAACUCAUUGUGAACUCUAAGUGGCCGGAAACUGCUGAAGUGGACGAGACGCUUUGCAAGGCAGCUGAAUUCAUGCGAGAUGUCAUGGCUGAUUUCCGUGCGCGCAUCAAGAAUUCAAUGAGCUCGAAAAAGAAGAAUGCGUUCACAGCUCCACCAUCGGAGGCCGUUAUCUACGUUGCGAAGGAGUUCCCUACGUGGCAGAAAACAGUGUUACAGUUACUUGAAAAACAAGCUAAGGAAAACAACGGAGUGCUCCCAGACAACAAGACCAUCUCGCAACUCUUGGGCAAAGAGGAGUCGUUGAAGAAGUUCGCAAAGAAGACCAUGCCAUUUGUACAAAUGGUAAAGGAACAAUACGAGCAAAAGGGAGUGGUUGCUCUGGCAUCUGCUUGCGCUUUUGACCAGGCCGCAAUACUGCUUGAAAAUCGCGAGUACAUUGAAAAUUCGUUGGAGCUUGACAGGUUCUUCAUCAAAUAUACUGAUGAGCCCGAUGUGGAAUCAGUGAUCGCCGAGACUGUCGUUCCAGGGGCACCGUUGAUGCACUUCUUACCACCCAAGGUAAGCAACUUACAGAAACUCAAUUCGUUCUUCUUUUCUUUUCUCUUUUGUUGUCUGUUGUCGUGA